AUGUUGGCGAAUUACAUGAUUCUAAUAUUACUCUCUUGGCCGUGUGUGCUAGGCGUCCGAGAAAAAUCAGAGGAAAUACUGGACCAGAUAGCAUUGGCCUCAAAAAUAUCUCCAGGAUCGUCAGCCCCUCGCGGCGCUUCCGAUCCAAAGAGCCAAGUGUCAACCCACUCACCCAUCGAUCCCACGCCAGUAUACUACCAAAACUCAAAUGGAUUCAUCCCAAUGAUAAAUUACGAUUCGCUUAACCCCGCGGAGCCCCCGAGUCAUCAAUCGUCAACGAAGAACGAAUCACAGAGUCCAUGGUCGACCAAUCCAGUUUUCUCCGCAGAAGCUCGUCUGCUCCUGACGCUACCCAAUGCCCGCCCAGAUCGCCGAUCAUUCCAAGAAGGCCAGAACGACUUCGAAAUUCUAAAGGUCAACAACGAAACCCCCGCUAUAGCAAACUACCAUGAGUUCUACGAGAAUCUCCAGAGAAAUCUGCAGACAACCACCAGAGACACCAACAAAUUCGUCAGCAAUCCCUCAGCCAUGCGUACGAGGGACCGCAUAAGACUGAUCGACGAGUACUUCAACAACGACCUUGACACGCGAUACGGAAGAGCGCACAAUCGUCGUUAUCCGCAAAAUUCCCAGUUGGACGCUAUGAACAAGCCAUCAGUCUUCGAACCGGAGAAAGUGCACAGUAAUUACCCGCAAUAUGGAGCAUCUAACUACGGCCUGUUCGGUUACAGUCCAGUGCCUCCGAAAGUAUCAAACCCCGGAGUCUUGAGCUUCGAGUCUCACAGCUCGAUGAUGAAAACUGACAAGAAGACUACAGCCGCCAGAAACCGUCACCAUCCUUCAAAGCCGGUUGUCAUAGCCGACCCAGCUGAUUACCGAGUCGAAUCCAACUACAGUCCGCAACAAGUCAUCGGUGAAGUGUCAACCCCCUACCCCUACGUGACCCCCAAGUACGAGAAGAGCGCGUCGGAGGACAGAUACGACAGGAAAGAGGAUUACUCAGACAGUGGCGAUUACCUGGAGAUAACCGAGCGCCCGAAGCGAAUCAACAAGAGCCGAAGAAGACCGGAGAACGCCAGAAGACCUGACAGCAGAGACCGCGACAGCGACGAACCGAAGAAGAUCAGCGGACGAACAAAAUCCCGAGGCCGUGUGAAAACGAAUUACUGGAACGACGAGCGCAACGAGAGUCCUGAAGACCUGCCAGACAACCAGACGCCCCAGAAGAAGUACCCGAGCCCCUCGAGCCCCCCAGAAGUGCCCGUAAAUCCCCAGAACACGAACGAGCCAAACGUCUGGAACCAAGUCACCCCGAACGUGGAGCUGUCUCAGUCGAGCGGUUACGAGAUCAAUCAGCUAGAAAACCCGAACCUCCUGGUUCCAGUGAACUUGAACCUAGUCCCUAUUUCCAACUUUCCACAUGUCUCCGCCGCCGGAGUGUCAAGCGUGAUAACAGCAACCCCGAUCAUCAGCAGCACCGCCGCCCCUUUGAUCACCACAAGCUCCUCGAUGCUCCUCCCAAAGCUGUCGCCGAAUCCCCUGAAGACUUACGGCUACCCGAGCCCAAUUCCCGACGUCAUCAUGGGACAAAACACAUUCCACAGUCCGGUCCAAGCGGUCCUUUUCCCGCAGAUGAACAAAUACCCCCAAAACGUGAAAGCCCAAUAUCUGGGGAGCACUGUCGCCCCGAUGUUCACGAUCUCUCAGCAAGUCUCACCGACAGUGCGUGCUGUUCACAGCACUCAAUCGCCAAAAGUAACAACUCCGGGAAAUCAGUACGGACCACAGCUGUUUCUGCCUCAAUCAACAGUGCAGACGUUGCUCCAGACACCCAUGAACACCGGCAACUAUAACUUCGUGGUCAAUCGCGGUCAGGAUCAGGCGCAGACGAACAGUCUGAAGUACGGAGACGACAAGAGGAAUCCCUAUCAGGGAGGAAACGCUCACAUUCUGACGUCAGCGAGCUUCUCCGUGAGCCAAGAUGGCGGGAACCAAGACAGUACCGGCAACAUCAGGAAUAACAACAACGAUAAUGACAGCAAUAACUACCGACAGACGUCAAAUAACGCGGAAUACAACGCACCCGUUGGGAAUUCGAACAAUUUACAGAAGCCCCAGAUCCAAGGGAAUUUGUACCCUGUCAUCAGAGGGGCUCAGGUCGUCCCGGCGAUUAUUCACGCGCCCGGUGGUAUCUCCGGGGUUGAUCUGCUUCAGAAUCAUGGACAUCAGGCGCAAUCCUCGAUUGCCCAGCCGACGUACAUAGCGCAGAUACCCAAGACCUCAAACUCGCUGAUGCAUUCCAAUAUCUUUGAUAGCAAUUGGAGACUUCAGCAGGUGCAGGUCAACGAAGCGAACAAGAAAAGGUAUCAGAGCGUUUAUGGGGUUGACAGCCUGGGCAGCACGACCAACAACAACGUUAAUACAGCGAGUAAUGUGAGGAGUGGGAGUGGCUACAAUGAGCAAGCUCAUCUGCCAAAUGUUGGCGUGCAGACUGUUGAGAUAAGAAACCCGAAUAUCAACAUAAAACCGAGUCCCAUUGACUUGACAAUGGUGAAUCCACUGGAGACAGUCAAUCAUUAUGCGACAGCUGUCCUGACGACUCCUAUUCCGAUACUGAGUACAACAGCCGGUUUUCUGACUCCCCGUCCGAUUAUGACAAGCACUCCGGAAUCUAUCAACAUUCAGAGUUACGUCGACUCACUGACGCAGAUUGGAUCGCAAAGUAAUCAAGGAGGCAGUCAACAGAAUGUCUUCAAUCCUAUGAAUUUUAUCCCAAAUUGGGAUUUGAUCAAGAGUCAAACAAUGCUCAAUAACAAGGUACACGUGCCGCGACCGCUGCCCCAGCAGCUGAGUCUUGUUCCUGUCGUUCCGGGCGGCAAUUUCGAUAAGCACUCGCCAACAGCUCAAGUGGACCUGGUGAACAAACCGAAACUCAGUUCGGAUCUGGAAAAGUACGCGGAAGAGAUGUUCAGAGAGUCCUUGCGAACGAUUUACAACACUCACAAGUGGAAUACGGAUAAGAGAGUGCGAAAUUUGACGGACGCAGAUAUCGCGGAACUGGAGAGGUUGAAGAGCGAUUUGAGUAGAUUCAAGACGGCUAUGACGGGCGGAAAUUACGGAAAGGAUGUGCUGGAGGCGCACCAUUCCGAGACGAAAUUCCGAACUGUGGAGCCGGGGAAAAAUUCUGGACUAUCAGCAGCUGCUAUGGAGCAACUGUUUAAGUCUGAUUUCAAAAUAAACGGACUGUCGGAAGGGUCUUUGCAGGAUGGUAAGCACAAUCGGGGGCGGGAGAAAACGAGGAUAAGUGACUAUUUGACCCCUCCCAAAGUCGGUUCAUACACUUCUAAAACUCCCUUCCUGGAUAAUAUCAGCAAAAAGCGCCCGGGCAAGGGUCCAAGAUACGAGGGUAUUAAGUCAAGACCACACUCAAAGACAAACACUAGGCCAGUCUCUCCGGAUACUUCCGCUAGUAAUCAUGUGAUAUAUUCUCACCGAAGACCGUCUCAUGAUCGGAGUAAUUCGCAGAAGGGGUAUAAAAAAAGUAUGAAGCUGGAGGAUUAUCCGAGUCUCACAACGGCAUUUCCGGAUAUAAUCAGAGGUUCGAGUGAUCACGAGAAAGUUCACGGAAAGGAGUAUUUUGACAUUAAUCACCCGAGGAUGCACAAUUUGCUUGGUUUGUUGAUGAAAAAUAAACAGCUGCCUAGCAGUGGAGGUGCCAGUUAUUUUUUGGACGAGCAAGAGAACAAACGACCGUCUCAUGAUCGGAGUAAUUCGCAGAAGGGGUAUAAAAAAAGUAUGAAGCUGGAGGAUUAUCCGAGUCUCACAACGGCAUUUCCGGAUAUAAUCAGAGGUUCGAGUGAUCACGAGAAAGUUCACGGAAAGGAGUAUUUUGACAUUAAUCACCCGAGGAUGCACAAUUUGCUUGGUUUGUUGAUGAAAAAUAAACAGCUGCCUAGCAGUGGAGGUGCCAGUUAUUUUUUGGACGAGCAAGAGAACAAACGGUACUCGGAAGAAGAGAGGCGUUAUCAACCGGAGGGACAGUUUUACGAUGAUGGAGGGAAUUUUCGGAAGAAAUCUGAUGCGUUUGGAGAUCUCUCUCACGCGCUAAGUCCACCAAAGCUUGAAAACUUUCAUCGAUAA